UUUAUUGAUAGAGUAAAUUGUAGAAGCAUAAAACACAUCGAUUGUUUUCCGACGUAAUGAGUACGUAACAAAGCAAAGGCUGCAUACACAUUCUGCUCAUUUACUCUUUGCCCUCCCAUAGAGCAACGUGUAGAUUUGGCGGGAAAAGUAUUUUAAGGAAGUGUUCACUGUCGGCGUGUAAAAAUAAGCAGUGAUAUUCCGUUAGAUGUUUGUACAGUUUCGUUUACCGUUAUUAUAAUGCACCCACGCGCAAUGGACACGAGCUUUAAGUUUAUAAUACUUUUUAUAAUAUUCAUAAUUUAUGCAGUCUACAAGGUUGACGGCGAAUGCUCCCUUGUGUUGAACAUGGAUUUCGGACUGCCAUCACCAGUUUAUCUUCGCAAUGGACAAUAUCUCUCACCGAACAAUACCGGUGCAGUCGUAUUACAACAAUCCGACACUGUUCUGGUGGCGUGUCCCGGGAGAGGCCGACGUGUGUUCACUAGAAAUAUCACAACGGGCUACGUGGCUGUGGAAGCGCAUUGCAUCAUAAAUACGACGUUCCGUGUGGAGCGAUGGAUCGGCCAAUUUUCUGAUAUCCGCUGCAACAUGCUUCCCACGGCUAAUGUCGAGGUCAUCCGAGAGAAAUGUUACGCAGGCAAUUCCUUGAUCAGGGUAGGUUACAACAUCCAGAGCAAAAUUUAUCCAUUGUACGAAGCAUGCUUCGAUCGAAACCUACUGACCACUCUCUACGUGAAGUAUCAGUUGACGCCGGCGAUUGUCUUCCACGAAUUUAAACAGGGGUCAGAGAAGUUUUAUGAUAGCACUCUAUUUAAAAAGGUGAAUAUAAACAAAGCAUAUACACAGCAGAGUCAGCAGAUCGACGCCAUCUUGGGUCCAGAGAUGCACAAGAAGUACACUAAUAAAACUCAGUACAUAGCUCGUGGUCACCUCGCAGCACGAGGGGACUUCAUAAUGCGAGGUCAGCAGGCCGCUUCGUACCAUUAUGUGAACAGCGCACCACAGUGGCAGCGCGGGAACGUGGGCGACUGGGCUGCACUUGAAUCUGCGUUGCGUCGACGCAUAAACACCUACGGUUCCCCCGUGGUCGUGUACACAGGCACGAUGGGUGUAAUGUCCCUCCCUGACAAUACAGGGCAGCCCCGGGACCUCUAUCUGGAAUUUGAUGAGAACAACAAUGGAAUUCUACCAGUGCCGCUGUAUUUUUUUAAGCUAGUGUACGACCCCGUGAAGAAGUCAGCCGCGGCUUUCGUCUCAAUAAACUCGUCGUUCUACAACGGCACGAUGGUGGAGCGGCUGACGUUCUGCGACGCGAAGUGUUCGCGGCACGCGUGGCUGCACUGGCGGCGCAAUGACGGCACGCACAGCUUCUGCUGCGACUACGCUGCGUUGGCGGCCGUGGUGCCACACACACCACAUUUGGAUGUUAAGGAGAUAUUUGAGUAAUUUAUUACAUAGAUUUACACUGGACAGCAAAGGGAGAGUCUGUACAGAAGACUCUCCCUCGAUUGCUUGGGUACCUCUGUCUCUCUCGUGUUUCAAUCGUGAAGCAGUUGUGUUUGCAUGGCUGUGUUUCGGUUUGAAGGGUGGGAUAUGGCGUGAAUUUACUGGGUACAGAGGAAUAACACCCGAGUCCUCAGGAAUGGCAACGCAUGGGGGGUAUCAUAAGCGAAACAGUAUACUCUGUUAUGUCCAUGGUACUGCUCAUGUAUAUAGGCGACGGUUACCACUUUCCAUCAGGUGGGCCGUCAGCUUGUUUGCCAUUCUAAGUAGUAUAAAAAAAAAACUAUAAUUUAUUUUAAUUGAUCGCCUGCCUAGAAAAAAAUUGAAUUUCCCCUGACAACAAAAGUGUCCGGGUUGCACCCGACACUUUUUAAAAACCCCUGCCCGACGACCCCAGGACGCCUUUUAAACUAGAACAAAUCCGGGGAAUUCUGGACGGAUGACAGCCCUAUAUAUAGCUGUUUAAUGGUGUUAUAAUUUUUUAUUUAUUAUAAUUUUAAGAAAAGAUUCAAUUACAUAGUAACAUGCA